AUGAGCAGCAUAGCACCGGUCAUACUAUCAGUGAUACCAGAUAACUCAACCUUCUCGGGGACCGAAAGAAUCAUAGCCACGGUGUCGCAAGUCUCGGGUUACUCGUCACUUUGCGUCUGGUUGUUUGCCCAGCUUCCUCAGAUUAUUGAAAACCAUCUUAAUAAAUCAGUGUCGGGAGUGUCACUCCUAUUUUUGGGAUGUUGGAUGGGUGGAGACGUUACAAAUCUCUUGGGGUGUGUGUUGACUGGAGCUUUACCUUUUCAAACAUGUUUGGCCAGUUACUACUGCUUCAUAGACUGCAUUCUUGCCUUGCAAUACUGGUACUAUACCAAAGUGUAUCCGUACCAGAAGGUGCACCAUAACUUGUUGCAAAGUCCCAACAUGAUGAGACCAGUCCACUCACGUAAUAGCGAUGUGAUACCGUUGAGAACCAAUCGGUUUAAACUGGGCUCGCCGAUGCAUAAUACCAAAUCUCCAAUUCAGAUUUCAGCCCAGUCCAAAUUGUCUGUCAGUGACAACAAUCACAUACAAGUCCCACAGAAUAGCUCGAUGACUCAGAAGUUAUUUGGUGCUAUUUUUGUAGGAAGCUUCACUAAGGGAGCAGAUGCUCAUCCCGUACCCUCUGUAGCACUCGAGCGCUUAACAGACAAAGAGCAUACCGAUGUAGUUUCAACGAUCACGGAAUUCGUUUCCAAAUAUUUCAUGCUAGCAGUUCAUAUGCUAGCUCAUCUCCACAUUCAUAAGGAAGACAUUGGUAGAGUACUGGCCUGGACAUGCUCAGCACUUUAUGUUUCCUCGAGAACUCCUCAGAUUGUGGAGAACUACCGCAAGAAGUCGACGAAGGGAAUAUCAUUGUACUUGUUCCUUUUUGCCAUGCUUGGUAAUUUGCUCUACACAAUUUGCAUUGUUUCAGACCUAUAUCUUAUAUAUUAUAAUAACGGAUACAUGGAUGACUGGGAAUUCAGGGAUGCACUUUUCUCUCAAUUACCCUUUAUUGUGGGAGCAGCAGGAACUGUUACUUUUGAUGCAUUCAUCCUCUUUCAAUGCUGGUUAUAUUCGGGUGAUACUAAAUCUAGAAAUAAUUCUGCUUCAAGUAACCACCACCGUCAAUCUCAGCACCGCCAUUCCUUGGACUUUGACGAAGAUAUUAAUUUGGAUUACGCUUCGAAUGGUAAGCGAAGCAAAAGUAAACAUCGUGCCUCUCAAGACUAUUUCAAAAAGCCCGACUGGUACACUAAUAAAUACUCAAGCCCAAGCUUUGAUCCGAUCAGCAAUGGGAAUAAUGGCCACACCCACACCAAUAAUAAUAGCAUGGGUAUUGAGAGUAGAAGACAUCGUCCAAGUGAUUCCUCAAUGUUACUUUCGUCGGGCCAAAUGUCCAACUAUUCAAGUAUCGUCGGAGCAUCGCCAGCUCCACCCUCUCAUUACAUAAUGGGAUCCUCCAAUUCCGCAUCGGUACAUAAUAUUAAUAACGGCGGAAAUAUCAUCUCAAAUACCUUCCAGAAUUUAUCUAAUUCGUUUUCCAGAAGCAUUGGUAAUACGCAUCACUACAGAGCUAACGACCAUACAAUGACGUCAACUGCAAUGACCAAUGGCAACAGUAAUCCUAGAUCACCACAUUCUGGUGCUUCAUCUUUAAACAAUUACUCAGCUAACUCGCCAUUGUCUACUUCAUUGAUUCCGCUGAUCAUUGGAACUUACUCUUCGGUUUCAAAGAAAAUGAAGAACGAAGCAAAGAUCCCAUUUCUGCCGAUUGACUUCUUACAUGAUGAUUUUGUUAACCAGCAUCAAUCCGCAGAUUCUUUAGCAGCACCUCUUGGUUCACACCAAGGUUCAUAUACAGAGGAUGAAUAG